GGCCCGCGAGAGGACUCGGGACUGGCUGCGCGCUUCCGGAACUUCCCGGCCCUGCGCGUGCGGACGGCGUCGCCUGGAGCCCGAGCGGCGCGCGAGGGGUCGCGGUCAGGUGAGCGACAAUGGCCAAGAACAAACUAAGAGGGCAGAAGUCCAGGAAUGUAUUUCACAUAGCCAGCCAAAAACACUUUAAGGUUAAAAAUAAAGCAAAGCCAGUUACCACUAACCUUAAGAAGAUAAACAUUGUGAACGAGGAAAAAGUUAACAGAGUGAAUAAAGCUUUUAUAGAUAUACAAAAGGAACUAGCACAUUUCUCAAAAGGCCUUUCCCUUGAACCUCUACAGAAACAGCUGAUUCCUCAGCAGUGUCAUGAAAAUGAACCAGUUAAUAUUGAUGAAGCUACAAGAUUAAUGGCUCAGUUGUAAUACACUGAUGAUGCACCCAAUUCCCCAAAAAGACCAAUAAAUUAAAUGUUUUAUACAAUUUUAUUUUUAAAAAUCUUGUUAAUGUACAGGCAUUGGCACAUUUUAAACUACAUAAACAGAUCUUUCCUAUAAUCUAGGAAAGUGGAAUGUCAGAAGUCAACAAAAUGUGAUCAACUUAAAGUGCUAAAACAGAAGGCACUUCACAAAAUCUGUUCACUGAAACAGUGGGUAUAGCCUAGUUUACAGCCUUCACUUUAGAAGUGGCAGUGAAUUCUGGAUGGGAGGACACAGAAAUGGGACAGUUUCGUGGCAGUAAAAAUAUAAGACAACAAGUGAUGAGCCCUUGGCCAACUUUUCUGUUUUUCGAUGACCUUCAGUCUACUUUAACUUUCCUCUUCCAGGAGGAAAGAACAGAAGGAUUCAGAACUGGAAGAAAAGUUGAAAUUCCAGAAUGUAAUUACUUGAGGGUGGGGGUUGGUGGAGACUUAAUCACUUUUUACCCUGAAGCAGAGCCCUUUGUCUUUAUGGUUGAAGUUUUGUGAAGUAA